AUGGAGUAAAGGCAGAAAUUAGGUGUGUUGUGUUGCUCUUGCUCAGAAAGCUCAGUGAAGUUAAACGAGUGAAGAUGAGGGGAGAGUCUAAGCUCGGUGCUGCUGCUCUUCUUUCUCUCUCUUCCAUUUGUGGAGCUGAAGUGUCUCUGGUGGCCCAGCUUUUCUCAGUUGGUUCCUGAUCAUGUUGAUCAUUCAAGCGGUGAUCAAUCAAUUGAUCAAUUGGAAGAGUCGCCUCAAUUAGUUUUGCUUCAAGUACCUAGUUCCUUUUCUUGUGUGGAGAAUGAUCAAUCAGCCUAUAAUUGCUUGUCAAGUUAUGUGAUACAUGAUGUUCAAAUUUUCAACUCUAUUGUUAUGACUUAUGAGUGGUCCGGUCCCAAUAAAUUUGAAGGUCAUGGAAGACUAAACUCGCUUAAAUACAGACCUAGACAUCAAAAUUCAUGUGAUUUCAUAUGUAAAGUAGAAUGCCAUGGCAUCAUCAAGUAGUAAGCUCUCUGAUGCUGGUGGAAGACUUGUUAUUGCUUCUGAUGGUAUCUGGGAUACUUUAUCAUCUGAUGCUGCUGCAAAAGCUUGUCGAGGACUUCCAGCUGAUCUUGCCGCAAAGUUGGUUGUUAAGGAAGCCUUAAGGUCAAGGGGUCUAAAGGAUGAUACAACUUGCUUAGUUGUUGACAUUAUUCCAUCUGUGCAUCCUGUCUUACCUCCACUGCCACAAAAGAAGCACCAUGGACUGAGCGGACUGAUAUUUGGAAAGAAAUCUCACAAUCUAGCAAGCAAAUCAUCAAAGCUUUCUGCUGUGGGAGCUGUGGAGGAGUUAUUUGAAGAGGGUUCUGCUAUGCUUGAAGAAAGUGUCUCUGGUGGCUCAGUUUUUCUCAGUUGGGUUCUUGAUCAUGUUGAUCAUUCAAGCGGUGAUCAAUCAAUCUAUCAAUUGGAAGAGUCGCCUCAAUUAGUUUUGCUUCAAGUACCUAGUUCCUUUUCUUGUGUGGAGAAAAUCAAUCAGCCUAUAAUUGCUGGUUAAAUUAUGUGAUACAUGAUGUUCAAAUUUUCAACUCUAUUGUUAUGACUUAUGAGUGGUCCGGUUCCAAUAAAUUUGAAGGUCAUGGAAGACUAAACUCGCUUAAAUACAGAGUUUAGACAUCAAAAUUCAUGUGAUUUCAUUUGUAAAGUAGAAUGUCAUGGCAUCAUCAAGUAGUAAGGUACUAGCCUCUCAAGUUUUACUGUCAUGAUUUAAUAUAAUCUAUGUGCUCAUUAUAGUUUUGUAGUAAA